GUGUGUUUCGAGAUCGAGAGAACCGCCAUCUUUUUCCUCGUCCUCCAAAAUUUGCAUCAUCGUUUCGUGCCUGUGAAUUGAGAUUGCCGUGCGCGUGGGUACUUUAUUUCUGAUAUUUGUGUUCUAAAAAUAAUCUAUCGUAUCGUAGUUUUUAGUUUGCAACCAUGUCUUGCUAUUUGCAAGUUGUUGAAGAGGAAGGUGAUGAACCCAUAGAAUUACCAGCUGAGGAAGAUGGAACUUUAUUGCUCUCAACGCUAUCAGCCCAGUUCCCCGGUACAAGUGGUUUGAAGUUCAAAACAGAGAACAAGACUACCCGAGGGGUUCGCCUGGUAGAUGGCCGGCUCCAUCCUCCAGACAAUGGAUGGGGUGACACUGUUUACUACUGCGUCUUUCCGAAAGCAGAGAACAAGAGAAAAUCAGACGACCAUCUGGAGAAUUCGACAGCCAAGACAAAGCGGAUGGAGACCAAAAUGAAAUGCUCUGAUCUCAUCAUCCUAGGCCUCCCUUGGAAGACAACCGAAGAGCAAUUGAAGGAGUAUUUUGAAACAUUUGGUGAAGUCUUGAUGGUGCAGGUAAAGAAAGACAAUAAUUCUGGGCAGUCAAAAGGAUAUGGCUUCAUACGAUUUGCUAAUCAUGAGUCUCAAAUUCGUGUUCUUGCUCAACGACACAUGAUAGAUGGACGUUGGUGUGAUGUAAAAGUCCCAAACUCUAAGGGUGCUGGUUCUCAAGUUCCAAGCAAAGUUUUUGUCGGUAGGUGUACUGAGGACAUUUCUGCUGAUGAUUUGAGGGACUAUUUCUCAAAGUACGGAGAAGUGACUGAUGUAUUUAUUCCUAAACCAUUCAGAGCAUUUGCUUUUGUGACAUUUUUGGAUCCAGAAAUCGCUCAACACCUCUGUGGUGAAGACCAUAUCAUCAAGGGUGUUUCUGUUCACAUAUCAGAAGCUGCUCCCAAGACAGACGCCAACGCGCGCAACAACCAAUACCAAAGUGGCAACAAUCAAAGGAACUUUGGGAACCGUAAUGAUAACAAAAGCGGUUACGGCAGCGGUGGCGGUGGCUACCAGCCAAACAACGGAGGUGGCAAUCAAAUCUGGCAAGGAGCGCCGGGUAGAGGUAAUCUUGACAUGCCUAACUUGCAAGCUCUUGGUAUUAACGGCCAAGGAAAUCAGAAUGGGCCUGGGGUUGGGUCCAACAUGCCGAAUCCCCUCCAAUCCAAUCCUUUAAAUUCUGUCCCCAUCAACCCUGUUCUAGUAGCUGCUGCAUUGAACCAGGCUACAAACUGGGCAUUCACUCAUCUACAGAACUCGCAGAACUCGAAUGAUGGUGGGUUUCCCAAUUCGAACGGGCCCAAUUUUGGUGGGCAAGGCCCUCCUGCUGGCGGCACUUUUCUCAACUGGAUGAACCAGGGCCCAGCAGGUGGGAACAGAGGCCCAGAUAAUGGGCCCCAAGGUCAGCCAAACAAUCAGGGCAACAACUCAAAUCCUGGGCCAAAUCAGCAAGGCUCCUGGAAUAAUAAGCAAGCAGAUGGGAAUAAUUUCAUGUAAAACUGCACUGUCUCAUUUGUUAUGCCUUUCGUUUGACUUUGUUGGUGAAGUUUAUCAUAUCCAUAUGCAAAUGGUGUUUACGCACCUUUUUUUCUCUCGGUGCAAAGGUCACUUUUUAAUUGAAUUGUUUUUGCCUCCCUCCGUGGAAGUGAAGCCUGUGUGUGCUCCUUCUUUGGAGUUGCUUUAUUAGCUGCCUGCACAGAGAGUAUUCACAAAUUUAUUAUUUUUUGUUCAUCUUAGUUUAACUCUGACUUCUGCUGGUCCUGUCUCUAAAACUCAGAACCCUUGUGACAGUGAUUCCUCUUUUCCGCUGACUGCAUAAUUAUCUAUGCAAUUCUGUGUUUCAAAUUUUGUUUAGUUGAGAGAACUCUAUUUUUUUACUGUAUUUUUUCGUGAAAAUUGUUUUAAGUGCAGUUGAAUAGUCAGUAAUUCCUGCCGCAUUGAAUCAAAGAUACUUUUCCUGAGGACUGUGGAACGCCAAAGUUCACUCUUCGUAAAUGCUGGCCUAUAAUGAAAGCAGUAAUAAAAGACUGAUAGUAGUUAUGCCUUUGCUAAUGCUCGUGCAGAAUAGAUUGGCUGGGUUUUUCCUUUCCAUACGGAUUAGAUAGCACCGCAGUCGUCCAAAAACGAUCAAGGAUUGAGCAAGGAAUCGGUUACCAUAAACAGACAUGUAAAAUGGUCUGUUCUUUGCGGAAGGCCAGGUAAUGAACUGCCACUUCAUGUGGGUGAAUUAUAUUACUCCUUUCUCUUUCUUUCUCAAUGAAGCAUGUCACUUCGAUGAAAAUAGACGCAAUGAUUCAUUGAACAACAACAAUGCUUCUUGACCUCCUGUCAUCUAGUGAAAGAAAGAGACUGGCGUUGAGAAUCCUCUGUUUCUCAAACAUUUCAGCUGUUUUUUUUUUUUCGGCCAGUGCCUACAAGAUGUGUCUGCAAUGGUCCUCUUUUUAAUUAUAAUUUUUAAAUUUAAACUAGGCAUCCAUUAUUUUCGCUUCUGUCACAGACUUUUUUCCCUCAUAGAUGUGGCUGCUGUUUAAUGUACUUGCCUCUCAUUAAGACGGGUGUAAGGUUCCUCAAUAAGUAUCAUGGAUUAAUACGGACUGAUUUUUAUAAUAUAUGAAUAAUAAGGAGUGAUAGAAAUGUAGGUAACUAGGAAAUCCUUGAACAGAGACUUAGAGAGAAAUGAUUUUUGUAACCUCUACCCAAUAUCCUGUUUAGCUAUGCGUUUAUUAUGGAAAGAGAAUACAAAUAUUUUAAGAAGCUGGAGGAAAACUUGGGGCAAAAUCAUUAACUUUAGAAAUGACUAGGAUUGUGGGUAGUUUUGUUUUCUAUCCCCCUCCCUCUUCCCACCGAUUAAUUCUCCAUUAGUUUAUGCAUUAGAUGGAUCACUUAUGCUUUUGGAAAACUAAGACCUAAAAAUCGUUCAAGGGUUCAAGGAAAGCUUAUUAAUUGCGGGUUUUAAUUUUUUCCCCUCCCCCUUUUGUUGAAGGUUAUUCAGAAAGACUAAAGAAGGAAUUUUUGAACGGCAUUUCUUACAGAAUAAUGCACGAACGCAUGUAGUUCUGUUUGUUCUCUUUCUAUAAUUUCUUUAGUUCUUAUCCUCUUGUGUUUUCAGGCCCGGUCCAGUUUUUAGUGUUCAAAUACACAUUGGUAUAAUGAUUUGCCAUCUUUAUUAGCUGAAGAGGUUAAAACUCUUCAGUCCUUUUUUUGUCUAUUGCUUCUGGGGCCUCUUUUUAAUUUUGAUAACUUUCCAGACCAUCACAUUCUAUCCUUAUGAAUUAGUCAUUGCUUUUGGGGAGGUAUUUUUAUCUUCAUAUUGAAAAUUACAACAUCAGGCUUUGCUUUUGACGCAAGUUUAUGCACCACCUCUCAUGUAUAGAAGCCAUGGUUUAGCUCAACCAUUCUAGUCUCCUUUUUUUGGAAUUUACCUUUGAAUUGUUACAAAAGUGUUUUAGUAUUGGUCUUCGCAAAACUGGCCAAUUUAACUGGUCGUUUAUCAAGACUGCUUUUCGAUGACCCCCAAAGAGAAUGCCACGAGUGGUGCAGAGACAAAACUUCAUUUGAAUCUACAACUCAUCGGAAAACCUCACUCGUUUUUUUUUACUUUUAAAUGUAAUUUUCAUCACCGUAAAGAUAAUUGAUUUCCAAGAUCAAUUAUUUGGUUAAUGUAGUCAACCACCAUAACCUUUAAAUCUUUAUCCUAGAGCUUACAAAGGUUUACGAAAUGGGUGCUUAAAUUUUUUAUCAACUUGAGUUAAAUGUCUUUAAUUUUUUUUUGUUCACCUCACAUCACCAAAUAACACAUUAAUUUCUUUAUCGUAUCUGUCCGAAUAUUUUUGCUGUUGAGUUUUACUCUACCAUGAUAUUUUAAAUUAGGUCCAAGUGGAUCUGAUCUUCUUUGUUUUGUUAUUUACUCCUGAGUGGAGGAUUAAAUGACAUGCCCAGCUUUUCAGGGCCCUACCAGGGAGUAUUUCCCCAUCAUUUCUUGCAAGGACUCAAAUUUUCAAGAGGAAAAACUCGCCAGUUAAAUUUCUGAACAAUAUUCAUAACUCUCCUGAAAAUUGAAGGUUUUAUCAGAGGAAAUUCUGGACUUACAAAUAUUCUUACAGCAUUCUUAUUUAGUAUGGCAGAACUAUGUGCAGGAGAAAACUUGGGAUCAGGAUCAAUGAACGUUAGCAGGAUUUUUAUCCUCACUGCAUUUGCAUUGGGCAGAAAGGUGGUAUUUGACAAUUUUUUUAGCUGUUUGAUAAUUUCUGCACCAGAUGCGCUCUAUUCAUAGAAGCUGAGAAAAAUGUUUUUCGGCAAGCGUCAAUGUGCAUUAACCCCAAUAUGUCUAAAGCACAGUUCAUAAGAUAUUUUGUCUGCUAACUAAGUUAAUUAAAAAUUCCCAUCUGACAUGUUAGUCGUUCCAUAUUCUGAAGUGUUUGCAUGUAACCUGCACAACAUCAAAGGUUGUUGAAGUCUCUGCUGAUGUUCGCUCUUUUCUGAAGCUAAGACGGACCUUGAUAUUUUUUAUCUAACUAGAUUUUUUUUGGCUUACAGUCCCCUUUGCUAAGAACGUUGCUAAGAAAGAGUCUCUGGUCUGGCCCUGGUCAGACAAUACGAAAUAGAACGGAGUAUACUAUGAUCAAGUCUGAUUGUGUGUGUGUGGUGAGUGUGGUUGAUGGUUGCCGGAAGGAACAGAUUAUGAUCCAAUGUUGUAUUUGAUUAUGAAAUCUUCAGAAUGGAAAAAACUUCAAUUCAUCGCUACUUUUUUAUUUCUCUCUUGUAUUUUUUUCCAUAAUGUGUUUGCGUUUAACAUUGUAAAUAAGAUUAGUUCAAGUGUUUGGUGUAUGAUAGGUUUAUUGUAUUUGAAUUCAUUGGUAAAUUUGUCUGCAUCCAGAAAGCAGCAGUGUGAAGUCAAAUCUCCAGGUAGCCUUUUAACAGCUUAGCAUCACCUUUUGCCCAACUCCAUGAUUCAUGUAUUUAAUUUUUCUUUUUAUUUAUUCCUUUUAAUUUUCUUUGAGUCUUCUCAAAACUUGACAAAGUGGAGCUGCAAUUUAACUUGCCAUAAUUUUCCAGACAAAUCCUACGGGUUCCUGAUUUUUGCUUCAAUUUUUUUUGCAAGUCCAUCCACAGCAGGUCCCUCUCUUCCAACCCUCUUCAAUAUUUCAUCCAAGUGAAGUUUAAAAGUGUAGAAAUCGUAUGGAUUCUUGAAGGAGUAUGUUUUUAUGCCAUAGAAUCAUUCAACUUAUGAUUGUAAUGUUUUUUGUCUUUUCGAGCUGAUCAGAAAUACUCCUAACAGGUUUUUCUGGAGAUUUAUGAGUUUAAGGUUUGUAAGUGAUGAGAACCUCUGAUUCCUUUUCAUCUUGGUAAUCCCUUAACCCAACUUUUCUGACUUUAAAAUGAAUUCUUCAGUAGGGUUUAACUGCGAAAUACAUUCAAGCUUUAGAUGACUGAUGCUUCCAGGCAUUCCUGAAAGUGGUUGUAAAACUCAGGUUUCUGAACACCCCUUUUAAAUGCAGUGGUGUCGCUGUGAUGAAACUUUUUUCAUGAUUGAAAUGAGACUUGUCGAAAUUUCUUCAAAUCAUUUGGCCUCUAAUUAUUCAGAUAGAUGGUUUGAAAUUGAACAGAUUCUUGUUUCAGUAUUGUAUUUUAAAGAAUGACUCAUGCUCAGAGAUGAGUGAAACUAUGUGGCUCUGGAUCAAUCGCCAAAUUAUAUGACAUUGUGAUGCCUUAUGAAAAACUUGUAACAUAACUUCGUUCCCAAAAUGGUCGCUGGUCAAUCAAGAUGAAUGGUCGUCAUUCAUCUUUGUUCCAUGAUUCAUGUAUUACAUGUAUUUCUUAUCGAUGAGACCAGUUUGUAAAAUACUCAGGUACUAACUUGAUUGAAAAUUUCAUAUUCGUAUUUUCCACCAAAUAAUAUAUUGAUCACUGCGAUAAAAAAAAUGUGACAGUUAAAGAAAUGUUCUCAUUCUUUGUCAAAUUUUAAGUAUCAAAAACAGGAACAAGAUCCUACAUCACAGCCAGUUAAGCCUUCCCUAAAAAAAAAGGCGAUCAAGAAAUCUACUUACUAACAAGAAAAGUUUGUGAAUUUUUAUUCUGAACAAAUAUCUAAUUGGACACUAGCAAAUAAGGGUUGACACAUUAGCAUACCAUCAUAAAAUACUACCACUUUGCUUGGAUCAGAGCAGUACUUGUGAAUUUUCAGUAUGCCUGAGGAAUCUUUUCUUAGGCCACCUGAUUCUCUAUAUUCUCUCAAAAACAGAUCUAACAGUUUCGCCCAUGUUCAGUCACUACUGUUUGAAGUUAGCUUUUAUUUUGGUGUUAAAAGCCACUUAGUCCUACUAAAGUUACAGUGUAUGUAAUAUUCUGUAUGUAUUCUGAGAGGAUUUUGAAUGGCAGAAUGUAUCAUGUACCAUCUGCUGGGAGUUCAAAUGAUAGCACUGUCUCUGUUUUGGGGGGGACUGAGUUUCUUGAUGAGGGUUGAGUCCACGUCCAAUAAGUUAACGCGUUAUUAAACUGUGACAGAAGAUCCACCAUCUUGAUUCUUGCAGUUACUUGAAGUACAUACUUCUUGCAUCUACUCAUAGAAACGCUAAAGUGGUGUCACUGGAUCUUCUGUUGUAGUCCAAAGGUGUACAAACUUAUAUGGCGAGGACCCUGGAACACGAACCUGAGGCUGCGUUGUAUGGAAUUCCCAAUUGUGUAUAUUAUCAGUGAAUGUAUUUGAUGUAACUAGUGUGCAAGUUAUUUGAGUAUGUGUUUUUGUGUAUCUUCUGUAUGUCCACUGUUUGUAUGCAAGCUCUUAUUUGUUUUAAGUUUUGAAAAAACGAAAAAAUAAAGUGUUGAUAACCUGAUUCAAAGA